UUGUAAUUCUUAAAAUUCCUCGGUGUGUAAAUUUAUUUUCAUUUCGUGGAAGAUUGUAUCGUCGACUGACCAGUUUCGGUGACCUUAGUGAUAACGUGUGAUUUUCUCAUUAAUCACUUGGAUAGAAUGAAUAAACAACACACCUACUUUUAAAGUAAUUAAAUUCCUUUCCUUUCAUCCAAAAAUUCCAAAUCCAGUGGUACUAUAAUAAGAUUUAUAGAAUUAACUAUAAAUCCAUUUAUUUUAGCCAGACUUAAAUAUAUUAUAUUUCUGAGGAUUUUUUCGGAAACACUAUUCCGGAAUCCUACCGGAAAUAAGUUGGCAAAUAGAAUAGCAUUUCCUUUUAUGACGAGGCAUUUUCGGGAGAACGGUUUGAUACCAGUCGAGACAAAAUUUUAAUUUCCCUUCCCACCCAUCCCAAAAAGUUGUAAGAAUAUGUACUGCGGAAAAUGUUUUCAAUUUUUCAGGUGAGCUCGAUUCUUGGAUAUAAUGCUGGUUAUGGGAAAAGAAACAACUACAGUGGAGUGUGUUUGAAUAGACUGUCUUGGCAACUUGGGGCCAGAUAAAGUACAUUUUUGAUUACAGAACACAAGAAGAAUGCGCGUCUGGUUCCUGUGAUUGGACAAUAUUAUGUGGGGCCCGAUUGUUCAGGGAAUUUGCAGAUUUUAUGAAGCUGUAUUUGACGAAAGAUUUGGUUUUCUCCAUCUGUGUUGCCACCAACCAUUAUCACCGAGUAUAACCCAACAUGGGGGGUGUUGGCUGUGUUGUGACCUGGGUGUAGGCUACUGAAGCGGCAAUAUAGAUGGUCGAGUGGGUCAAGCAUGCAGUAGCUGUGGCCAUCCUGCCAGGCCCCCAUCACAACAACAUCACAAUGACCAUAUGCACCGAGUUAUCGGCGGUGAGGAGACUCGCAUGGGAUCCCUCCCGUGGAUGGCAAUGCUGACGGAGAACGGAGCUCAAGUUUGUGGAGGAUCAAUCGUUUCAGACAGACUCAUUCUGACAGCGGCCCAUUGCUUUGAAAAAGCAGAGAGUCUAGAUGUUAGACGAUGGCGGGUCAUCGUUGGAAAACAUCACCUUCUUUUUCAGGACUUGUUUGAGCAGACACACACCAUAAAUCGCAUCAUCAUGCACGAGGGAUAUGACAAUGUUACAGUUAGAAAUGAUAUUGCAAUACUUGUAUUGAACAAUCACGUGAUGUACAACAGCUUCGUCAUGCCAGUUUGCUUGCCUGGGUUUUCUUUGAGUAGCCUACUCUCACACCACGGUCAUUCCACUACGUAUGGCAUUGUAGCCGGAUGGGGAAUCACUCGAGAGGAUUAUCCAAAAUACGUCCUGAACCAGGUGACUCUUCCAAUCCUGAACGAUCGAGUAUGUGCCGCACACGAUUGGUACGGUAGUCUUUUCCUGCCUCAGACUACAUUCUGUGCAGGGUACGAACAAGGCGGAAGAGAUGCCUGUGCUGGAGACAGCGGAAGCCCCUUUAUAAUAAAAUACCAUAAUGGAAUAUGGGUGCAAAUCGGUAUCACAAGUUGGGGACUUGAUUGCGCACAGCCACGCCUUCCCGGAAUAUACACUGACGUCACGAUGUACAUGACGUGGAUUAAGCAAAAGGCAGAAAUGUGCAACGUAUACUUUCCAUAUUUUGCAACUUGAUAUUUUCCGCUUUACUUUCAUUCAAUUCACUAUUCUGUAUUCCUUUAGUUCGAACAGUUUAGAUUUCUUGUGUGGUUUUCACUCGUUACAAGAAAAAUAUUAAGAAAUUUAUAUUGAUGUACAGAAUAUGAAUAAGGCUAAUUUCAGUAUAAAUGUAUCAGGUCGUUUUUCAUAUUGAAAAUAUUGUAAGCUGGUAAGCUAUUUAAUUUCUUCUGAUGAUAUUUCUGGUUGGUACAUUAAAUGUUUAUUUUUUCUA